UUUGUUCCGGAAAUCCACGAGCGGACCGGAAGAGGAGGAGACUUUAGGCUCACACAAGGAACAAUGUUUCCGGUCCAUAUUCGGUGUUAAAAAUCUGUUAGGUUCGUUUUACAUUCAAAGACUUUCUGCGUGGUUGCUGAAGAUGGAGGUGCCUUGCUAUCUGCCCAAGCUGCUCUUUGAGCUGAAUGAACAGAGGAAGCGAGACUUCUUCUGUGACUGCAGCAUCCUUGUGGAAGGUCGUGUGUUCAAAGCCCACCGUAAUGUGCUAUUCGCUGGGAGCGGAUACUUCCGGGCCCUGCUGGUUCACUACCUGCAGGACACUGGGCAGCGCUACAGCACAGCCUCAUUGGACAUCGUAACAGCUGAUGCCUUUUCUGUUAUCCUGGACUUCCUCUACUCUGGCCGCUUGGCCCUCAACAGCAUCAAUGUCAUUGAGGUGAUGUCAGCUGCCAGCUACCUACAAAUGACCGAUCUGGUGAACUUCUGUAAAGACUACAUCCGCUCAUCUUUGGAGAUCUGCAACAAGGAGAAAGAGAGGACUUCAGACAAUGACAGCCAGGAAGAGGAUGGAGCCAUGGGACCCGCAGACAGUGGAACUCCUACAGUAACGAUCUCUGCUGGUGCCGGUGUUGCAGAGACCGACUUGCAGGCUGUAGAGGUAGAGCCAGAGUCUGUGACCUCAGCCAGGACCUCGUUGUCUAUUGCAGUCACCACGCCUCCAGGUUCCAGCAGAGACAUGGACAGCGCCUACUCCUCCAGGGAGGGGUUUGCAUCUGGGAAUGAAGGACCAAAGGGACAUGUGGAUCAGACUAACCUCUCUUCCUCUUCGUCCUCUGCUCUUACUCCAGAGUUAGUGAACCCUAAAAUAGAGUACGACCCUGAUGAUGAACUUGUGGAGUCCUCUGAUACGAAAGAGCUGACAUCGUUUUCCAGCCCUUCACAUCAUAACUCCCACCAUAACAGGCUUCUUCCUCCCAUUUCCUUCCCCUCCAAUGAGCGCUCCCCUUCAGGAUACAACUCUUCUUUUAAUGCCCGGCAGCUGAUUGAUAUACUGGCUAGAGGUGAAGCCCCCCGGGGCCCCAGUCCACUGGGGGACAGAGUUGGACAGCGCUUUAGCCAAGGAAUGAGUAGUAAUGCAGGAAGUAGCAGGAUGGAGGAAAGUUUAGGGUUCGUGGGCUCGUCCAUCAUGGAGAUUCAGUCUGAUUGGCUGGGAGAGGACACAGGAGAUGGAUUGGUGGUGCCAGUGAAACUCCACAAGUGUCCUUUUUGCCCGUACACCGCCAAGCAAAAGGGGAUCAUGAAGAGACACAUACGCUGCCACACAGGAGAGAGGCCGUUCCCUUGUCCCAUGUGUGGGAAGAGAUUCACUCGACAGGAGCACCUACGCUCUCAUGCUCUCAGUGUGCACAGGCACUACUGGCCAGUGUCGUGCAAGAGCUGCAGGCGAACCUUCACCGGUUCAAGUGUGUCCCCAGGACUGAGACGCUUCGGCAUCUGCGACAGCUGCAAUUGUGUUACCACCACCCAUGAUGACUCUGCCUCGGUCCACCCUUCCAGUCAGCCAGAGGUCAUGGUGCGGGCAGACAGAGGCACAGAUUGGUCUACUUUUAUGGACGAUGUUGACGAGGUGGAGGUUGGCAGAGUAGAGGACCUGGUGGAGAAACAGAUGCUUGACCGACAACUGGCUGCGUGUACUGAUGUAGUUCACACACUGUGAAGGAGGCCAAACUUAUUAUUCUUAGAUCAUUACUGUAAAAUUAUUUAUUUAUUGAUACAUUUCCCUCCAGAACACCUGGUCCGCCACCUGCUGUCAUUCUGUUAUGGUUUUGGAACAUUUCUCUUAUUUCUAUACCCAGGGACGGGUAUAGAUACGGGUCCCAGGUAUAGCCAUGGGCCCCCCAGGACACUGCCAGAGCUACUAUAGGCUCUGUGAGGGUUAGGGGCCCGGGUGCAGCUAGGGCUGUGCACACACCAGUGUGUCAGACUGUGUAUGUAUGCAAGAGUGUGUGUGUGUGUGUGUGCAUGCAUGUGUGAGAGUUCUUUCAAAUGUAACAUUAUUGACUAAAACUAGCAAUUUAGAAAACAGAUUGUUCCUGAUUUCAUUUAGGUGAUUUUGGUUUCGGUUACAGUUGUACGCAGCAAUCAGACCAGUGUAUAUAAAGAAGAUUGACCACAUAAAUGAA